AUGGCUUUGGGUCCCGAGCAUCCAGGGAGAGUUAGAGGGGUAGGUGCUAGGAUUUCCCCUAGGCAAUACUUCAAUUUACCUAGACAACAGAGGGUAAAGUUUGCCGAUCAAUUAAGGGAAAGUGUAAGACUUGUCCUUCAAGAAGAGACUUUGAAGAUGGAAGCUAGAUCAAGGGAAGAGACUUUAAAGAUGGAGGCUAGAACCAAGCAAUUGGUAGAGGCUGAGAGGGAAAAUUUACUGAGUCAGCUUUCCCAACUCAUCCCCAAUUUUGAUCCAAGCAUGCUUAAACCGAAAACUAGCCCCUAUCAAAACCAAGGUCAAGAGCAAAGUCCCAAAAAUCCAAUGUCGAACAAAGCAAGCUGCUCUGGGGCUCUUGAUGGGAGAUCUCAACAUUUUGAGGAUGAUACUGCCAAGUAUGGGGAAAAGUAG